AUGGGUAGAUGGAACUCCACCAGUGUGCCUGAUUUCAUCCUCGCGGGGCUGACGGACUCUGCAGAGACACAGCUGGUCCUCUCCGUGCUCUUCCUCCUGAUUUACCUGAUCACGGUGCUGGGGAACUCGGGGAUGAUAUUGAUCAUUCGCCUGGAUCCCCAGCUGCACACACCCAUGUAUUUUUUUCUUACUCACCUGUCAUUGCUCGACCUCAGCUACUCAAGUGUCAUCACCCCUAAAACCUUACAGAACUUACUGACUUCCACCAAGAGCAUCUCCCUCCUGGGCUGCUUCACCCAGAUGUUCUUUUUUAUACUCUUUGUUUCUGCUGAAUGUUUCCUUCUCUCCUCCAUGGCCUAUGACCGCUAUGUAGCUAUCUGCAACCCUCUGCGCUAUUCAGUCAUUAUGUCCACAAGACUAUGCUGUGCCCUGCUCUCUGGCUGCUAUGUUAUGGGUGUUUUUUAUUCCACUGUGGUUGAGAUUUCCAUGAGCAGAUUGCACUUCUGUAAAUCUAAAGUCAUCCAGCACUUCUUCUGUGAUACAUCUCCUAUAUUAGCCCUGUCCUGCAGUGAGACAUAUGAAGUUGAAAUCAUUAUAUUCAUUUGUGCUGGGUCAAAUAUAGUGCUGUCCCUCAGCACCAUAUCUGGAUCCUAUCUCACCAUAUCUGGAUCCUAUCUGUCCAUCCUCUCCACUAUCUUGAAAAUCAGUUCCACUGCUGGAAAGAAAAAAGCCUCUUCCACCUGUGCCUCCCACCUCCUGGGAGUCACCAUCUUCUACAGCACUACCAUCUUUACUUACCUAAAACCGAAGACGUCCUACUCCUUGGGCAGGGAUCAGGUGGCUUCUGUGUUUUACACUAUUGUGAUCCCGAUGCUGAACCCUCUCAUUUACAGCCUCAGGAACAAAGAGGUGAAGAAUGCAGCCCUGAGAGUCCUGCAGAAGAGAGAGUAUUCUAGACAAUUAAAAUAA